AUGAUGUCUUCGCACCUCUGGCAACAAGAGCACGACCAUCCCAUUGAUGGCAUGAUGGACUCCUUCGCUUCGGAAGGCAGCUUCGUCUUUGACGGUUCCAUGUCCGUCGGCACUACAACACCUUCCUUCUCCGCCGCAUCGUCAGUCUACGACCCUACCGGCCCUUACACACCUCGCUCCGGCCGCUCAACUCCCCAAGAUGCCUCCUCACAGUCGACGAUCGAUUUUGAUAGCAGCUUCUCAUCUCACUCCUCAUUCGGCUUCGACCAUGGCUCUACACCAGACAGGAGCUACUUCCCCAAGCCCGACAAGGUCGACAUGGGCGUGCCCAUGCACCAGUAUGCGCAGUCGACCAUCCCCCUCACCCCGUCGAGGAGGCAGAGCGCCGGCUACGGGAUGGACCAUCUCGACUACAACACCAUGCUUCACGUCACCCUGAGCUCUCAGUGCGUGCCGGGCAUGUCAUCCUCGCCUCACCACCACACCCACCAACACCAUGACGGCUUGGCUCUGACGCAAGACUUCAACUCAUCACCCUUCGGCAUGCCGACACCCCAUCGCGCACUUCCCAGCUCGACGCCGAGCAACAUCCAGAGCAUUUGGAGCUGCAGCAGCGAGAGCCCGAUCAUGAUGUUCCCCAACGAGUCAACGCCUUCCACUUCCCCGAUCAACAUGGGCGUCAAGCGCGAGACCACCAACUCUCCCUCCCCCCUUCGUUCCUCUCCCAACGGCGCUACCUACCGCGCUCACAGCCACGGCUCUCGCCGGCAAAUGUUCGCCGAGGUCCAGCGCAAGACGCUCGCCCUCCAGAAGAACCAGAACGACAUGGAGGCGCUGAGGCAACUGCGAUCGAUUCAGGUCAACCAGGACGGCUCCGUUCUCGACUGCGGCGCGGUGAAGGUGCGCCACGUCGCGCCGAGGCGAGAGAGGUGCACAUAUCCCGAGUGCACCAAGACGUUCAAGCGCAAGGAGCACCUCAAGAGGCAUUUCAAGGCAACUCACGAAAAGGAGGUCGAAUUGUACACAUGCCCUGCGACGAAUUGCAACCAUGUGUUCAAGGAACGCCGCGACAACUUCGUCUCUCACCUCCUCCUCCACAAGCAGGGAAAGUCGAGCAGGACGCCCUACAACGAGAAGGCCGCCAAGAUGUACGACGAGAUGUGCCUGCAGAGCAAGAGCCGCAAGCGCGUCAAGACCGGCAGUGCCAGCAGCGGUAGCUCCAGCAGCUCCAGCAGCAAGAACUGA